AUACAUACACUCCCCCCUAAUAUCUUGGUCUGCAUUAUACUCAAAGCAACACACACUUUCAUGCUCUCUGUUCCUUCUCCAAGCAAAAAUAGAGCAUGGAAAAACUCACCAUUUGUCUUCUCUUUCUCUUUUCCCUUUCCCUUUUCUCCUCCAUUGCAGAUGGUGGUUCAAUUGGUGUAAACUAUGGUCGUGUAGCUAACAACUUACCAUCAGCAUCCAAAGUUAUAGCACUACUAAAAUCUCAAGGCGUAGAACGGGUCAAGGUUUACGAUACUGACCCGGCUGUGCUUAAAGCACUUUCCGGGUCGGGUAUUAAAGUUACUGUAGACCUUCCUAACGAGCUCCUUUACAAUGCAGCUAAACGUCAAUCUUUUGCUUACUCAUGGGUCCAAAAAAAUGUAGCUGCUUACUAUCCUUCUACCCUAAUCGAAUCGAUAGCCGUUGGAAACGAAGUUUUCGUUGACCCGCAUAACACGACCCGUUUUCUUGUACUCGCUAUGAAGAAUGUACAUCAAGCUCUAGUUAAGUACAAUUUCCAUGACAAAAUAAAAGUGUCAUCACCCAUUGCACUUAGUGCAUUGCAAAACUCUUACCCUUCUUCAGCCGGGUCAUUCCGACCCGAAUUAAUCGAACCCGUAAUUAAACCCAUGUUGGAUUUCCUACGUCAAACUGGUUCUUACCUUAUGGUUAACUGUUACCCUUUUUUUGCAUACGAGUCAAACUCUGACGUCAUCCCUCUUGACUACGCUUUAUUCCAUGAAAACCCUGGUGUUGUUGACGCUGGUAACGGACUCCGUUACUUUAGCUUAUUUGACGCUCAAAUUGACGCCGUUAACGCUGCAUUGUCGGGUUUGAAGUACGAUGAUAUUAAAACGGUCGUAACGGAAACUGGUUGGCCGUCAAAAGGAGAUGAAACCGAAAUAGGUGCCAGCGUGGACAAUGCAGCCUCGUACAACGGUAACCUUGUAAAAAGAAUCUUAACCGGUGGUGGGACACCAUUAAGACCUAAAGAAGAACUUACUGUCUUCCUCUUUGCUAUUUUCAACGAGAACAAAAAACCGGGUCCAACAUCGGAGCGUAAUUUCGGGUUGUUUUACCCGAAUGAGGAAAAAGUUUAUGACAUACCGUUGACUAUGGAGGGUUUAAAGCAUUAUGUUGACCGGCCACCGGUUGCCGGAAAUCGAAGAAUGAAGAAGGGUAAAAAGGGAAAUGUGACAGCGCGUGGCGGACAAACAUGGUGUGUGGCGAGUGGUGAAUCGGGAAAAGAUAAUUUACAAGCGGCUUUAGAUUAUGCUUGUGGUGAGGGUGGAGCUGAUUGCCGUUCGAUUCAACCAGGGUCCACGUGUUAUAAUCCUAACACGUUAGAAGCGCAUGCGUCGUUUGCUUUCAAUAGUUAUUAUCAAAAAAAUGGACGUGCGAUGGGGUCGUGUUAUUUUGGCGGGGCCGCGUUUAUUGUUCAUCAACAACCUAAGUAUGGAAGCUGUGAAUUACCUACUGAAGAUUGAGAAGGAACUAGAUGGGGAUAGACUGCAUUUUGAUUGCAGCAGCCAGCUCUAAUUUAUUGUAGCUCCUUUCAGUUCAGACUAAUCAUUUUUUUUGUAACUUUAAUCUUUUUAGUUGGCUCUGGUCGAGGAAAGCGAUGGCUUUGUUCUAGUUGUUGCUUUCCUUUUUGUAAUUGUGUUGACAUGACCUUACUACUAGUAUAUGUUGCUAUAUAUUUGGCUUUUUCAUUCACAAA